AUGAUCGUCAUAUUUGAAUCCAUAUUGUUGUUGUUUUAUGUUAGAAUUGCAGACUGUUGUACAUAAUUGCCUAACAACGAAUUAGUGCUUGUUAAUAAAAUAAAUGAAACAUAAAGUAUGAAUCUUUAAAAGUUAUUCGUAAAAUAAGAAUAAUCUUAAAUAUUGUUGAUAGCAAAUGAUAGUGACAUUAAUGUUCAAAAAAACAUGUAUAUCCAUUCUCAUUACAACUAUUCUUUUGAAGAUAUAAUUAGCGUCAAAUGCUUAAGAUCUUAUAAGGACUAUGCUGCAACAAAUCAAUAUGUCUUAAUGAAUAAAAUUAAUGAUAAAUACCAAAUAUACACUAAUAGUUAUCAAAUUGAAAACAAUCAGCGUUUACCAGAAUUCAACUAAUAUUUUGAAAUCACAGAUUAUAUAUGUCAUGAUCUGGAGAUGAUUGAUAGACAGACUCUAAUAGCAGAUUGCUAUAAUGAAAGCAGCAAUGUUUUCAUUAUUAAAAAAGAGUAAAGUGAAUUAUAAUAUUUCAUCCAAAAUCAGACUAGAGAUGAGAUAAUCAAAACAAAGAUGUUUGCAUUUAAAGAUGACCUAAUAGUUCGUGUUUUGCAUUAUGAUGAAGUUUAUAAGUAAUCAUCAAUACACUUUUUGUAAAUUGGUGAAACACUUUCAACGUCUCUGAUAAUUGAUGAAGAUUAUAUUAAUGAUAUAUUGGGUGAUGCAUAAACUAAGAUUCAACUUUAGAUAUUGCAAGUAGAAAUUGAAUAAUAAAUAAUAACAAUAUUGAACGAAAAUCAGUGGGUUAUAUAAAUAAAUGCAAAGGAUUACCCGAAUAUUCUGAUAAAGGAUUAUUUUUAGCUUGAUUAGGAAUAUCCAGCAAUAUUCAUAACAUAUCAUGUUAAGAAUUAAAUUUUUGCAUUCUUGACUGAAUAGGCAAUUUAUAUUUUGUAGGAUGAAAGUUUGACAACAAUUAAGGAAAUAGAUAAUAAAAAUAAAUCAUUUUAGAUUUACUUUACAUAAAAUAGUGUAAUUCAAUAUAAUAACGGAGAGUUGAGCCUGUUAUCAUAGAACUUAAAAUCUUUAUAAACUAUUCAUAUAAAUGGGAAUCCAAGAUUAAUAAUAGACUAAAAAUCGGAUGAAAUAAUAUCAAUAUCUGAAUCAGAGAGUCAGCGAAUCAUUGCUAGAGUGAAUCAACUAUUGAAGUUUAAAUCUGAUACUUUGUAUUAAUAAUUCAGGUCUGCUUAUUUGGUCCAAUAAAUUAAUAUACUUGAAUCUUGCACUUUAAAUAUAAGAUACAUUACAAUCGAAUUGAGUUCAACAUAAGCCAUUCCUACUGUGAUGAAUCAAUUUAACACAAUUUUGAAUAGUCCAAUAGAAUCAUAUGAUGUUAAUAGGUUCAUUGAUGGACCAAAUAUUACUAUUUCCAACAUCAUUGAAUUAAAGGUCAAUUAAGUUUCAUUUAGUAUUAAUUUUGAACUUUUACAGCAGAAAACCAUAAGUGGAAUCUAAAAUGAAUAAGCUGUUCAGUAUGUUAAAGUGAUGAAGUUGACAACCUAGUACUUGUAUUUGAUUUAAACUUCAAAUUUUUAUAUUCAAUUUUACUAUUGUGUUUAGAGCAUGAAUUGCUACUUUUCAAGUUAAGUGUACUUUGAAUUUAAUUUAUCAUCCACUCAACAUGAAAUGUUUUAGAAUAACUAUAACGUCUACAUAGUGAUUAAAAAUAAUGAGUAGUUGGAUAUUUGGAGAGUGUAAGACCCUCUCAUCUAUUUGUGUACAAUUUAUCCAGAUUAGGAUCAUUAUAUACUACAAUUUCAAUAUAUCAAUUAAUUCUUGGCAGUGCUUUACUCAAACUAAUUAGUGGUUCUAUAUAAAGUAAUGGAUCAAUGCUAGAAGUCCCAAUCAUUAACUACAGAAUUCAUCCAGAAGUACAACAUCUAAUGGUAUCCUACUUACAUUUCCACUCACGAAGAGUAUAAUGUUCUCUAUGUUUAAACUGCAAUGCAAUUGUUGUUGAUUCAAGUCAAAGAAAAAGAAAUAUAUCCAAUCAACGUAAUCCCCCUUAGUUAAAACAGAACUGUCAGUAUCUUUUCAUAUUCUAAUAUUAUUUGGAUCUAUUAUCAAGAUACAGCAGUGAUAGAAUCAUUCAUAAUUAAUUCCAUAACCUAUAUAGAAUAUCUGAGAACUAUUUCCUUAUAUAAUCUCAUUCCUAAUAAAUUCUUUCAUCACCAAUAAUCUAAAUAUGUCUAUUUCAAAAAUACUCAAGAUAGUUUAGGCACUAUCUAUAUAUAUUCUAUGGAAACGAGUAGUCAUAAUGCCUUAUUGACUACAUUUUCUACUAGAUAUAAAAUACUUUAUUCGGUGUAAAAUCUAUUUAUCAUAGCUGAUAUCAAUAAUUAUUAUGAAAUCCCCCAAAAAAUCAAGUAUUCCAUUUAUUACCAAGACAUAGAAAACCCAAAUUAUUUAGUUAAAGUCAACGCAUCCUUAAGUAUUUCAAGCUAUGAUAACAAAGAACAAUUAAUAUAUCUAAUUAAUUCAACUCUAGUUAAUCCUUAUACAACAAUUACUGUAAAUUAAACCUAAUUGAAUCUCAUUGAGAUCCUCGAUUAAAGUAAACCUAUUGGCUAUUGCGAGAGCAAGUAUUCUUGGUAUACUGGAUAAGUUGUGGAUAUUGAAUUAAAUAGUAGAUAGUUGAAAUUACAAAAAUCAAUGCAUCUUUUGAACAGGGAGAUUUGUUCUACAGGAAUUGAUAUCAAAGAAUAUGUGUCAGAUUCUGUACUCAUUUUAUAUUAGGAUAGAAUUAUCAAAUUAAAUAUGACCACUUAAUUUUAGUAAGUCUUUUAUCUAGAUUCUUCAAUUACUUAUACGAAGAUCAUUUAAGCUUUGUAGGAUUUUAUUUUGAUUACUGCUUACAAAUUUGUUCCUAGUUUUUCAUAUUUGCUAUAAGUAGUAAAAUGUGACCAGAAUUUUAACUGUUCGAAUUAACUAAUUGAUAUGUCUUCUUAUAGUGAUCCUAAAAAAGUGAAGAUCUAUUAGAAUCUGUUAUUCUUAAUUUUCGAUUUAUUUGUAAGGGUUUACGCAAUUAAAGAUGAUAAAUUAUCAAUAGUCCAGAGUAUUAAUAAUUCAUAAAACUAUUAUUUUAAAGAUAUCAUUUCUCCAGAACAAGAUUAUUUUCAAAUUUACUCUUAAUAGGAAAAUAAAAUCAAUAUUUCCAUGUAUUAUUUUAAAGAAAACAGUCUUAAUUUAAUAGAACAUUAUAGGAUCGAUUUAUUAAGUGCCAUCCAAUAAUCAGGCUUUAAUAUUGACCCUAAGACCUAGUUUCAAAGGAUACUUAUAAAAAAUAGCAAAACUUAGUAAUAAUUGCUUACUGUUGAAGUAUUUUGCUAAUCUUAUUAGCAUUCACAUUAUAUCUUAUAAAUACAAUUUAUUUGCUCAAUUUAAAACAACUUGUACCUUUGUCCUGUUAACAAUUACAAGGUAUUGCAGAUACUUUAAGGAUAUGGAACUUGGCCUACCAGUUAUGUUAAAAUGUAUAACGAUUAAUAUCUAUUGAUGGUUUACUAUUAAUCAACAACAUUUAUCAGUGCCAUGUAUAAUUUACACUUAAAUUAUGUUCAACCAACUAUUUCUCCUACCUUAUUUUCAGGAGCUAUCCAAUAUUAAAAUAUUUCAUACUAACUAUCAGCAUUCUUUACAAAAGACCGUUCAAUUUAUUUAUUAACUAAUUCAAUCCACCAAGAUGUCUUUGCUUUAUAUGAAAUACACAACACUUCUAAGUUUUGCAUCUAUGAUCAUUUGACAUCUGAGAAAAUUCUGAUUACUCUUAAAAAUCAUUUUUAUUAGAAAAAUGAAACUAUAGAAAUCAUUUAAAAUAAUGAUGAAAUUGAUAAUAAAACAACAAAAUUAAUACUUUGGUUUGUCUUUGGGAUAAUACUAGCAUUUCUUUUGGGAAUUGGAUUAUUUGGUUGUUAUAUCAAAUACAAAAAGAGAUAAGCAGAAAAUUAAUUAAUUUUAUGA